AGCCUGGCCCUCCUCUCCAUCCUUCCUUCCUUCGGCCCCAGCCGGAGAGAAGAGCUCAGCCCAGCCUCCUCUCCAGCAAGCCUUGCAGGCUGCAGGGGAGCAUCAUUGGCCUGAGCAAGAUGGAAGAAGCAAGCAGAGCAGUGACAGGUCGCUGAUCAGAGAAGCUGGCUGGAAGUACUGCAGUGGGGCUGCACCUUCACCUUUCCCCCCAAGGAAUCUCCAAGAGGACAAGCCCAGCUAGGAGGCAUCCCUGGGACCCCCACCUCACUUGCUGAGCUGUCUCAGCUGGAGUCGCCGUUGGCUCCACCACCCAGACCUGUGGUUCCAUUGCUAUGUCCCUGCCAGGAAGCCGAAGACCCUCGACGGGAUCCCGAAGUCGUGAGUUUUAUGGAAGGAGUGGCUUUGCCUCGUUCUUUAAGUCUGCCACAGCCCCUGCCACUCCGACCGAGAAACAGCCUCUUCUUCCUGCCUCCAGGCGUCCCUCCCCACCAGUGAGCAUGCGGGACACCUACGGCACCUCCUCGCUCAGCAGCAGCAGCAACUCCGGCUCCUGCAAGGGCAGCGACAGCAGCCCCACCCCAAGACGUCCCGUCAAGUAUAUGCUGUGCAGUGACAACCAUGGGAUCAAGCCCCCUACUCCUGAACAGUACUUGACCCCUCUCCAGCAGAAGGAGGUCUGCAUUCGGCACCUGAGAGCCCGGCUGAGAGACACCCACGAGCGGCUGCAGGACAGAGAUGCCGAGAUUGAAGACCUCAAGACCCAGUUGUCCAGGAUGCAGGAGGACUGGAUUGAGGAGGAGUGCCAUCGGGUAGAAGCCCAGCUGGCCCUGAAGGAAGCCAGGAAGGAGAUCAAGCAGCUCAAGCAGGUCAUCGACACAGUCAAGAACAACCUGAUUGAGAAAGACAAAGGCCUCCAGAAAUACUUUGUGGACAUCAACAUCCAGAACAAGAAACUGGAGACGCUGUUGCACAGCAUGGAGGUUGCCCAGGAUGGAACGGUCAAAGAAGAGGGGGCGGCCGAAUCAGCAGGUGGCUCUCCGGCCCGAUCCCUUACCCGCAGCUCCACUUACACCAAGCUGAGUGACCAAGGUGCCACCGACAGAAAUAUUGGUGGCUCCCAGACCAUCUCAGUGGGGGAUGCGGGAGACAGUGGUUUCGCUGCAGCAGAUGACUCCUUGAGCCGGACAGAUUUGUUGGACCAGAGCAGCCUCCUGUCCUCGGGUGUGGACUGCGGCACAGAUGAAGCCUCCCUGCGGACCAACUCCACCCUGGGGUCCCGGGUCCCGACCAGCUCCACCUACGAGAAACUGAUGGGGUCCCAGCAGAGCGUAGAAGCUGCCGUUCAAGCCAGCUGCAUGCAGGAGCAAGCCAUACAGACGGACGCUGUGCCUUAUGAGCCAGAUCUUGACACCAUCUUAGAAAAGGUCAUGCAAUCCCAAUCCCAGUCGGCCUGGAGCUAUGAAAUUGAGGAUGCAACAGAGGCAAAUUACUCUGAGGCUCAGGCUCAAGAGCUCCCAGGGACCACAAAUGUAGCAGCCAACAACCCCAGCUCAGCUGUUUUCAUCAACGCUGGGGAAGAGGGUGAAAAUCCCAAUGGAGAGCUGGAUUCUCCAACAGUCCCCAGAUCAACCAACAACCCUGCUGUUCACCAGCCUUCAAGCACAAGCCAGUCGGUGAGCAUCAUCUGUGCCCCAGAAGAGGAGGAGACUGAAACUGGUCCAGCGGGGCCUUCGACAUCAUCCGCGCUGGAACCCAAAACAUACUGGAGCCGCCAUUUCAUUGUGGAUCUUUUGGCCGUGGUCGUUCCUGCAGUGCCGACGGUGGCCUGGCUGUGCCGAUCCCAGAGGCGGCAGGGGCAACCCAUCUACAACAUCAGCUCCCUCCUCCGAGGCUGUUGCACGGUGGCUCUGCACUCCAUCCGCAAAAUCAGCUGCCGUUCCGUAGCCAGCCCCGGGGGCACCUGCUCCCAGCCAUGAUCUCCAUUCCCAUCCAGGCCGCCAGUUGCGUCGCACGCACAUGAGACGAGUUUAUGGGGAGGGGGAGGAAGAGAGCCCAGAUUUUGCUGACCAUUGAUUGUAAAUUCCAUUCACGCACUUGCAACGUUUGGGUUGUUGAUCUUUUUAUAAAAAAGAUACAGUUGGAUUUUAUUUAUUUAUGGGCAACUUGAGAUUUCUGACCGGCUGCAUCUUGAUUUAUGCAAAUAACUGGGGAGAGGGAAUGACAGUUUCUGAAGCUGCAACAGGGUGACGGCGGAUUUUUUUUCUAGGCAGCCAUAAUGGACGAGGGCAACCUUCCGCGCCCUGCUAAAGGAUGUCUACUUGGUGGUACAGCUCUUGGGAACUGUCCUGACCUUUCACUUGAGGAGAGGUACAAUAAUUUUUCCUAAACUGCUGGAUGAGCCAAUCUCCCUCUCUCAUCUUUCCAUUGCAAGUGUGCUGUAGACAUUUUGAAAUAAGCCCCCUGCAAGCUUGGCUCCUUUCUUUCCCUUCAUCUACUCUUCUCAUCUGCCAACCCUGACUGGGUAUCCACAUUGCACAAUGAUACCACUUUAGCUACUGUGCUCCAUCCUAGAGAAGUCUGGCAUUUCUAGUUAGAUGAAGUGAGGUAUGUAAGAUUAUCCACUAGAUGAAUGCAAAGUUGCUUACCAGAAUACAAAUUCCAUAGGAUGAAGCCGUGGAAUUUAAAAAGUCCUAGAACUGUGCCAUGUGUGGUUGCAUCCUGAGUCUACCUCAUCCUCACUCAGCCAUCACUUUCUCUGCUCUUGCUCUGUUUUAUCACACUUCUUUUCCUUACAGGAUGGUCCUCCAUAUGGUGCUGGACUGUAAUUGCCAUCAGCCCCAGAGCCACUGUAGUUUAUGGGAGUAAUGAUGAUGGAAGCUGCAGUAUAGCAACAUCUGCAGAGCCAGAAAUUUCCCCCUUCCCUACCUUGCAAGGUCAGCUGUGCCGGAACAGCAAGGAGGAAGACAGGAGCAUUGCCUGUUAAUGGCAGGAUAUAUCUUCAUCCACCGACAGCUUAUAAUCUAUCCAUCUGUCAAAGUUUAGUAAGUUAUUUGGGUUUUUAAAAAAGUAAUUAGUUAUAGUUCCAAAAAAAUCCCUCAAAAGUACAGAGGCUAUUCCUCUUUAACUAUAAAAGUUACAAAAAGGAAAUUAUUCCAUUUUGAGUUACAGUGGACCCUUGUUAACCCUGGGGUUUGGUUCCAGGAUCCACU